UGCUAGGAGACGAGGACGCUGAGCCUGGGAAGCUGAGACAGCAGAUCUGUGUGCAGGAGACGUCCAGACCCGUCGCUAUGGAGACGCCGCUGGUUCGCCCUCCUGUGCCGGUACACAUCACGGUCCUUCGAGCAUAUGAUCUGAAAGGGGUUAAAGGUGACUCUCCGGUGACUUACCUGAGGUCAGAGUUCAACAAUGUCCUCCUGGGUGACUCCCCGAAACUGGAAGCCACCCCACACCAACAGACUGAGUACAACUUCACCACAAGCUUUGACCUUGGCGGGGAAAGCCCCCAUGGCCUGGACGAUGUGGCCCACAAACCUUUCAUAGUCACCGUCAUUGAGAUACUGCCCAAGGAGAAGAAGCAGAAAGAGGAGAAGACAGUUGUUCUGGGACAGGCAGCCGUGGAUCUGCUUCCUCUGCUACAAGGUGAAUGUAAUUUUAAGAUGACGGUGCCACUGCAUCCAGCAACUGGCUCUCCGCUGGAAAACAUUCACCCAGAUGCCAAGCCGAGUCUGGAGGUGGCGGUUUCUGUCCCGGAGCUUUUACUCACCGAGUCACAAAUCAGAAAUGGGAAUCUGAUUCGAGUGACCAUGGAAGCUGCUUAUUGUGUCCCUGAGUCCUGGAACCCACAAGGGUCACAGUACAACUAUGUCACCAGCCUUCAGCUACCAUCGUUGGGAGAGGUGAGAAAUAAACCAUCCAAGAAGGACAUCAAUUUGAUCUUCUCAAACGGAGCCCUGAAGGCAGGCGGGGAGAGUGAGCCUGUGUCCAGGCAGAAGAGAUGGCCAAUGAGCGGUAUCGUGGCGCCAGGAGCUCAGCAUAUCCCAGAAUCCUUAAUUUUAGGCGGCGCAUAUGAAGAGGAAGACGGAGAGAUGAAUCGCAAAGAGGACAAAGAGUUCCGCAUGGAAGCUGAAACCCAACGUAAGAGAGUGAUGUGGGACACAGAGAGGAGAUGCUACCUUGAUAAGCAUGCCCUGACCAGUUUACAGAAGCGGAUAGCAGAGUGCCGUUACUGGCCAGUAGAGAUAAUGAGAACACCAAUUUCAACCGCCAGCAAAUCUAAAGCCGGCAAGGCGGAAAAACAGAGUGAUGAGGACACCCAAAUAUCAUUUCAUGGAGUUGCCUAUGUAAACAUGGUGCCUCUGUUGUAUCCAGGAGUAAAGCAUCUUCGUGGAGCCUACCGGAUUCUAGCCUACCAGGAGGCUGAAGUGUUGGAAAAGACAAAGGUUCAGUCGUCCGUUCUGCGGGAUCUCGUGCGGAACAACAGCUUGAUGGGGAAAGUCACAGGCGCUCCAUUAGGCCCCAACUCUUCACAUGUGAAGCCGGCACCCAGCCGCAUGGAGAAAGGCACAAAGGAGAAGGAUGGCAGACGGAUGUCGGCAGUGCUGAAGUCAUCAGAGGUGACAGACCUCGAUCAAGCAGCUGCCAAUACUCAAGCUGUACCUCCCAAUGUAGAAGGCCAGCAAUAUGUGGAGUCGGGGGCUUACCUGGUGAUAGAGUUCAGUCUGGAGAAACCCCUGGUGCCCAAACGCAUGGCGGAGGAGAUGGAGCUGAAAGUGAAGGAGCUUGUCCCACCUCGGGCACCGCUUAACCGACGGACAGCCAACGCCCAAAAGGCAGUUUCUGACUAUCAGAGCCAAGUCACCAGCAUAACGAAGGCCAUUUUGGAGGAAUACUGCGAUCUGUUCGGUCAGCAAGCUGCCAGUGGGGUGGAGGUGGAUCCCCAAGUUCUAGAAGAACAGAAAUGCCAGCUCAAUUAUGAGUUAAACUGCUCCGGAAAAUAUUUUGCCUUCAAGGAACAAAUCAAGCACGCAGUGGUGAAGAUUGUCAGGGAGAAGUACCUGAGGACCACAGCUUUUGAGGACCGUGACCAGCUGCAGGCAUUCCUGAGUGAGCUGUACAUUUACCUGGUAGAUCAGAUGCACAUUGCUCUGAACAAGACCUUGUUUGAUGAUAAAGAAGAGCCGCCCCCCGAUCCUAUGACAGAUACGGAACAGCUCCUGCGAUUUGCCAAGGAAGCAGAGAUGAAUGGAGAUUAUAAUCUAGCUGAGAUGUAUUAUAAGGAGAGAUUGGCUCGUGACCGUCAGUCUCCUGAUCACUGGUUGGAGUAUGGAAGUUUCAGCCUUUUGAUUGGUGAUAUUAUCAAAGCUCGGCAAUGCUUCCAUGAGGCCUUGCUCUUAGACCGUCAACAUUUAAACAGUUUGCUCCUGUGUGGUAUGGUAGCUGUUCUGUUGGAUAACAAUGAGGAUGCAGAGGUGUUUUUUGAAGACGCAACUUGUGUUCACCCAAGCAGUGUCUUGGCUUGGACUGUGCUAGGGCUCUUCUAUGAGGUCCAAGGCAAUGACAUCCGGAUGGAGAUGGCCUUCUCGGAGGCUGGAAAGCUGCACCAGGCUGAGCUGGCUUUGGAAAGAUCGGUGGCUCAUGCAGAGUCCAGAGUACCAGACAGUGGAAGGACUGCCGUUCCAGAGACCAGUGAUAAAGUGACAGGAGCAGGCUCCAAAGAAGGCGCUGAUGUAACAGACGGGAAUGCACCAACGUCGUCCAGAGUCCAGUCGGCAUCAGGAGGUACGUCACAAGCCAGCCAUCCCCAGGAAGAGAAGACAGUGAACGCUGGGCCCAUAUCCCCUUCAUCCACUGUCUCCAAAAGCAAAGCUGGAAGAGGUGCUCGGUCCAGUAUAAGCCACAAUCCUCCAUCUGCUGUCAGCAGCAUCUACAUGAAGACGGCUCAGUUCUUGUCCCAAGUCAAUGCCAUACAGUUUGUCCAGAGAGCCCUGGCACACGAGCUCUUGAGCCCGGACGGUGGGCCCAGCUGUACGUACUACCUGAUGUGUGCGCAGAUAAACCUUCUUCGAAAAGAGUUUGACGCAGCCAAUGAGAACCUACAGGAGGCAUCACAGAUAGACCACCAGAACCCGGACGUGUGGGCGUUCAAAGGACACCUGCGCUAUCUGAGCGGCAGAAAGGGGGAGGCUCGGGAAUGUUAUGAGCACACACUCAGCUUGGUGUCUGACGCAUCAGACAUGCACCCCAUCUUCCUCCGUUUGGGGUCCAUCUACCUCCAGGAGGGAGAGUAUGAGAAGGCAAAGAAGACUUACCUGCUGGCCUGUAAGAGGUCACCUACCUGCCUGACCUGGCUGGGCACUGGAAUCGCAUGUUACCGGGGGAAGCAGCAUUGGUCUGGUUAUAAAAGGAACUUGAUUAUUGAAGAGCGUUCUUAUUCACAGCUAGAGGAGAUGGCGGAGGCUGAGGAAGCGCUCUCGGAGGCCAAUGCCUUGAAUAACAGCAACCCAAUGGUUUGGGGCCACCUGGCUCUCGUAUGCCUAAAGACUGGACGACAGCUAGAGGCUGAGCAGUCCUAUAAAUACACCAGGAAGUUGAAUCUCCAGGACCAGACCCUGCUGACCGAGAUCCACCAGCUGCAGGAGGAGGUCGGCUUUGGUGACCCGUCUUUCUAACGUCGCGGCGUCGCCCCAUGCCCUGUGGUGGAGCGCCCCUCACUUUGAAGCGGAAUGGACAUUUGUUAUUCACCUUAAUAAAACGGUGGGACAUUUUCCCUAACCGAUCACAGAGGAAGGCCGAGACCCUGAAUUAGACGUAUUUAUCGGGUUUUUGGUUCAACUCAAAAUAAAAUCCUAAUAGCCAGAUUCAAGUACGGCGGCGCAUCUUUCAGCGGUGUAGCGUAUCGUAUUUACGCUACGCCGCCGUAAG